AAUUAGGGAACAAUGCAAGUGCUGCUGCCCGCAAUAUAUGUGCUGCGCUUGGUGAAGGUGCUGUUGCUGAUCGAACGUGUCGAGAUUGGUUAAAAGGAUUUCGUGAAGGUGACAUGUCAUUAGAAGAUCGUCCAAGAUCUGGACGUCCUCUCGAGUCUGAUAUUGAAUGA